CAAUGGGAGCCAACCUAAGAAAUACAGUCUACAAUAUUAUACGCUUCAUAGCGCUGGUUUCGCUUUCGACAACUAAUGCUUUGCAUAAUGAAUUAUUUGAACGGAAAAUAUUAAACUCGGACGUUGUUAAAACUGGAAGCAGUCCCAGCAUUAUGAUGUCUGAUGCAAUUGCAACGGAAAAGUCCAAUGCAAUGAAAGCGGCAUUAACUUCUGCACCUGCCGAUAGUCGUACAGAACAUCUGCACAAUUUAAUUAAACUUCACUACCAGCCAACAGAUUCUUUGUGGGAGUCUUCCAAGAAGAGUAGUGAAUCCAGUGUCAAUCGCCCUGUUAAUAAACCAGUGGAAUUGACAAAUCAACCAAUUGAAACAAAUAAUUGGGAGUUCAGAUCUAAACGCCAGACGGAGGGCUUGGGAACUCAAACUGGAUAUAAAGCGUCUGUAGGCUAUGAAACUAGUGGAGUAGCAGGGGUCGAUGGCACCUAUUUGUAUUCAAUACGACCGAAACGACAAAGCAGUGAUGUUGGUAGAUUUGGCGGAGAACCUGGUUUUGGAGUAGAUGGAGGCGUUGGAGGCCAAGCUGGAGGAAAACAAUUACACACAGUACGUGAAAAACAACAAAGCAGUGGUUUGGGAGCAAAUGCUGGUUUUGGAAUAGAUGGAGGCGUUGGAGGCCGAGCUGGAGGAAAACAAUUGCAAACAGUACGUGACAAACGACAAAGCAAUGGUUUCGGCGGAGCGCAAACUGGAUUUGGUGGACAAGCUAGUUUUGAAGAACGUGCAGGCGCUGGAGCUGGUGGAAAACAAUUACAAACAGUGCUUCAAAAACUACAAAGCAGUGGUUUCGGAGCAAAUGCUGGUUUUGGCGUAGGUGGGGGCGCUGGAGCUGGAGCUGAACGGAAACCGUUAAGAACAGAACGAGCAAAACAGCAAAGCAAUGGUUUCGACGGAGCGCAGAUUGGAUUUGGUGGAGAAGCCAGAUUUGAAGUAAGUGGAGGGGCUGCAGCUGGAAAUGAAGGGAACCUGUUAAGAACAGAACGAGCAAAACAACAAAACAAUGGUUUCGACGGAGCGCAGACUGGAUUUGGUGGAGAAGCCAGUUUUGAAGUAAGUAGAGGGACUGCAGCUGGAGCUGAAGGGAAACCGUUACGAACUGAACGUGCAAAACGACAAAGGAAUGAUUUUGGCGAAGUGCAGACCGGAUUUGGUGGAGAAGCUAAUUUUGAAGUAGGUAGAGAGGCUGAGGGUGGAGCUGGAGGAAAACAAUUGCAAACAGUACGUGAAAAACGACAAAGCAGUGGUUUCGGAACUCAAACUGGUUUCGGAGCUAAUGCUGGUUUUGGAAUUGGUGCUGGAGUCGGUGGGGCAUCUGGAACCUCAGAACAGACUUAUAGAAGAGGGGCUGGUUUUGGAGCGCAAGGUGGUUUUGGCGCAUCAGUUGGUUUUGGGGCUGGCGGAGGCACCCGAGGUUCCGGUUAGUCCUUCAAUACACAACAAAAAACAAACAUGUUCUAUUAGUUAAACCGAUAAUGCAAAGAUUAAUGCAUGUUGCUGUUGCACCACCUAUCAUCUGUACAUGUACAUAUUCAUCAGUCAAUAUUUCUGUUUUUUUUUUUUUUUAAUACACUGUUUUCGUGUAAUUGAUAAAUAACAUAUAAAUAAUAAACUCGUAUUACUUACAUCUUCCACACC